UUUGGAUGAUUUGGGAAUCUGAACACAAUGCCACUGUUGUACAGGAAGAGAAACCGUGGAUUAAAAACAAUAAAGACUUCUAAUUCUAGAAAUGGUGAAAAGUCCAGUUUGAGCUACACACAAGAAAGGAAAGAAGUGAAGCCUAAGCAAGUUGACCGGGAGCUAAAAUGGCUACAAUUUCAGAACCCUGGUCCACAACUGGCAGAUUUCAAACCUGAGAAAAGAGUACUUUCAAAAAGAGCCUGUUGUACAAAGAUGAGAAAAAUUUUUCAUUCUAGACAAAUGAAAUAUGAUGAAAAAGGUCUGCUUCUUCCAAACAGAGAAGAUCUUUGUGAUUGCUUGAACAGACACUGUCCUGGCUGCUUUUAUCCUUGUCCAAAAUGCCAGUCAAAGAAGUGUGGACCUGAGUGCCGCUGUAACCGGAAAUGGAUUUAUGAAAGCUUUGUUUCAGAAAAUGAUGGGAAAAUUUGUGCAUUUCCUUACAAAAAUGGGUAG